AUGGCAGUCCUCGACGUCAUGACCUUGGACAAGAUUGACCUUCAAAAAUCCACCAAAAGUUCCUCACUGCUCGACAAAAGAGGGAAAUUUUUCUCUCAAGUUGGAAAACUCGCCUCCCUCCGAAACAGACACAGCUCUGACAGCGGUGAAAUCAUGGCAGAGAAAUACAUUUUGCGUAUAACCGCCGGCCCAACCUAUGAUGCCGCCACUCAUGUUGAAGUACCAGUGAACAAACCUCAGCCGAUUGAAAUCAAGAGCCACAACGCGCACAUUGAGCUGAACGUCAGAAUUCAAGGCUAUAACGGCCUGCCCUUGGAUUCACCAUCCACAUCACCCUACUUCUCGGCAGAGCCGCAUGCGAAAAGCAACGACCAGUACAGUAUUUCCAUGAAAUUUACACCUCUGAGGCCCGCAGUCGUUGGGGAUCGUCUGGGAAACCAUGAGGCUGAUGCCGCGGCGACUGAGGAAGCCUGCCCAGACGGAAAAGCUGAGGGGAUAGGCGGGCAUGAUCUGCAGUUUGGUAACGACUUUGAUCGCCCUAUUCGAGAUAAACUACCUCCUGGAUUUAACACCGCCAUGAACAUAGUGAAAUGGUGGAUCGAUCCUGGUCUCGAUGGCGACGCCUAUGCAGAUAGGCCGUUCUUGUAUGGACCUGCGUUGAGUUCUUUCAACUCCAUUCAUCUUGGACCUGGCGAAUACUCAGAAGAUAAGGGUGGGCUGUGGUUUGAGGAGGGCGGCGAUGAAAAGGGAAUGGGCACCCGCCAAGCUAUGGGUGUUCCGGAGGACAGCAAAGCUCGGAUGAAAUGGGCAUUAAAGGACGACAGCAAAAGCAAGUGGACGUUUGAGUAUGGAAGCACAUACGGAUUGGACUUUUUUAAUCCGUACCUUGAUUUCACCAACCUGGCUUUGAACCUGCCUGGCUUUCAGCUGCCAAUCGUGAAGUACUGGGAUGGCCAAGGGCUACGAUAUGUCCUACGUAACAAGCAAACAGCAGAGGCAUACCUAGUCAUUGUAUUCACGAUUUAUCUUCGCGAAGAUGUCAACGAGGAUGGCACACUCAAAGAGGGGGCAAGUGAUCGGGUAGCAGAACGACAAGACCCGACUCAAGCUUCCCACGAACAGCACGGCGAUGCAAAAGCCAUGCAACAACCAAACGGCAAACUACCGCCGAGUAAUGGAGGUGUGGAAGUCACAAGUCCCGACGAUGUCGAUUAG